AUGCUCAAGCCGAGCAGUGAGGAGGACGGCACGAUUGAGCUGAACUUUCGGAUGCUCGAGCGGAUGCUACGGUUCAUCGCCGUAUGGCCAACCGACUACGACCCGUACCUGCCGGGAUGUCUACGCCGACGGUUCUUCCCCCUGUCGCGCACUCUGGACGUCCUGUACCAAAUGUUCUGGUGCUUCAUCUGCGUGCACAUCGCGGCGUUCCACCUGAUCACGACCGUCACCACGAGCCUGAGCUACGACGAGCUGUUUCUGGCGCUAAUCACCACCAGCAUCUACUCGAUCCUGGCCCCCCUCUACGUGUACCUGCGACUGUACGAGCCGAAGGUGCGCCAACUGUACCACUACUCCCAGCGUUACUUCCGCAAACGGUCCGCGAUCGGGGUGUACUAUCUGUCGAUCAGCUCCUGCUAUCGCUUCGCCAACCGGUGCCUCUUCUGGUGGAUGAUACUCUGCGUGCUCGGCGCCAUGCACUGGGCCAUCUAUCCGAUCCUGUCGCAGCAACGGACGCUCCCGUUUCCCUGCUGGUACCCGGUCGAUGUCCACCGCUCGCCAAUGUACGAGCUGGCGUACAUCUGCCAGGUGCUGGGACAGCUACAGGUCAGUCUGGUGUUCGGGCUGGCCGGAGCCCUCUUCAUGGUGUUCGUGUUUGUGGCCUGCAAUCAGUUCGACCUGCUGUGCUGCAGUUUGCUGAACGUGCGCCAAACGGCCAUGCUGCUGAACGGUGGCCACGGAGCCGAGCUGCGGAAUGGGCAGCGGAACUGUACGAUCGAAACGCUUGGUGACUACUUGCUGCGGGAGGCCUUCCUGGAGGAUCUCGACACGAUCCGAGCGACGGUAGCGACCGUUCCGGCUACGAAUUCACUACCGGCAUCACAGCGCUAUCUGGAGGAGCUAUCGGCCGAGCUGACCACGGCCCUGGACGACUGCAUCCGGCACCAUCUGGUGGUGCUCCGGUAUUGUGAGCUCCUGGAGGACUGUUACCACCCGUACGUGCUGCUGAAAUUGUUUCACAUUGUCCUGCUACUUUGCUUUCUCGCCUUCAUGGCCACGGUGGAAAGUUUGUCCACGAUGAAGCUUAUAAAUGUGCUUGAGUAUUUCACGCUGACUAUGUCGGAGCUCUAUCUGUACUGCUUCCUCGGGCAGAUCCUGCAGAACCAGGCCUUCAAGGUGGGUGAUGCCCUCUGGAACUCGCCCUGGCAGCUGUGUGGGGCCUUGUACCGCCGCCGGAUGCUCAUCGUCCUGAUGAACGCCCAGCGACCGGUGCGGCUGACGGGGAUGAAGCUGUACGAGCUGAACCUGGAAACCUACUACACCGUGCUAAAGGCGUCCUUUUCAUACUACACGAUCAUCAAAAAGUUCCGCUAA